AUGACUAAAAAAGAUUACGAAAGAGGCCCCAGACCCGAGGAAGCAGCAGCUGCAGCAGCAGCUGCAGCAGCAGCUGCAGCAGUUAACAGCAGCAGCUUGAGCAGCAGCUGCAGCAGUCACAGCAGCAGCUUAAGCAGCAGCUGCAGCAGUGACAGCAGCAGCUGCUGCAGCAACAGCAACAGAAGCAGCAGCAGCCACGUCACGAGCAACAGCAGCAACAGCAGCAGCGGCAACAGCAGCAGCAGCAGCAGCAGCAGCACCAGUAGCAGCAGCAACAGUAGCACCGGCAAAAGUCGCAGCAACAACAGUAGGAGCAGCAGGAGCAGCAGCAACAACAGCAGCAACAGCAGCAGCAGCAGCAGCAGCAGUGGUCUUGAUGAGGCUCUCCUGCCCCCUUCUGGACCGCUGGAAGUCCAGCUGGACGUACAAGCUGCAGAAGUACCGCGGGGGCCCCCGCUGGAGCCUCCCCCGCUUUAUGGUCCAGGGGCCCUUUAG